AUGUCUGACACCGGUCGCAAGGACUUCUCUACCAAGGCCAAGGAGGAAAUCACUCCUGACUCCACCAAGUCCACCCAGGACAAGCUGAAGGAGACUGUUACCGACGCUGGUGACCGCGUCUCUCGAGGAUUCCAGUCUGACGACAGCAAGGGUGGCGCUCAAGAGGCCUUUGACAAGACCCAACGUGCCCACGAUGACCACAACGGAGGCACUGCUAGCUCUGUUGGUGACAAGGUCAAGAACGCUCUCGGCAUGAACAACAACUAG